AACUACUGUCAUUCAGGUGCCGGUGAUACUGUAUUGAAAUUGAAUAUCGGUGGUAUGUCGUUUCGGAUUCGAAUGACAAGCUUAUUUUCACGGACGGAAGAAGAAAAAUUGGUGACGUUUGCUCAGAUGGAUCAUGAGAAACGAGUGCGAUCAUGUGACGCCUAUAUCGUUGACGCUGAAGAAUACUAUUUCGAGCGAUCUUCAGUUUUAUUUGAUGCCGUUUUUAAAUAUUAUGCAACAGGCCAAUUACAUCGGCCGUUGGACGUUUGCCCUCAGGAAUUUGCCAAUGAACUUUCUUAUUGGAAAAUUCCCGAAUCUGUCAUGUCCAGCUGUUGUUGGCGUAGCUAUAAUCAGCUGAGCGCUUCAAUAGAAGAAUUGGCUCAUAAGAAGAACAAAACCCUUGAAAUGAAUGAUCGUUCAUUACGAAGUCGAAUACAUCAUUUCUGUGAAGGCGACGGUUCAUUACUAUCAACUCUAUUCACCUUUGGCAGCAUAUCCUUUGUAUUGAUCUCUGUUAUUGGCCUUAUACUUGGAUCGAUUCACGAAUUCCAGGUGCCAAUUGUAAAGCAUGGAAAGAUAUCUCAGCGUGUCAAUAACCUGAGUGCAGUGAACGACCCGAAUGUUAUUUGGGAACCGCAUCCAGUUUUUGGCUACAUUGAAACCACAUGCAUUAUAUGGUUUACAUUUGAAUUCAUUCUGAGAUUAGCUGUAACACCUUCGAGGGUACAAUUCCUCGUUGGGAUAAUGAAUAUCGUCGAUAUGGUUGCAAUUGUUCCAUUCUACUUAGAACUUGGUUUAGCCAUGUUCGGUGUCGAUGUUGCCAGUCUGAGUGAUAUCAAAGGUGCUCUAUUGGUGGUGCGUGUUUUGCGGGUACUUCGUGUCGUACGAAUAUUGAAACUCGGACGAUAUUCGUCUGGCAUGCGAACGUUCGCCUUGACAUUACGCAGUUCAGCCCGACAACUUGGAAUGAUGGGCAUGGUGCUAUCUACUGGUGUUGUGUUCUUUUCAACGUUACUCUAUUUCGUAGAGAAGGAUGAGGUAGAUACACCGUUCACUUCAAUUCCAGCUGCAUUCUGGUGGGCCAUUGUAACAAUGACGACAGUGGGCUACGGCGACUACGUUCCUGUCACUAUACCUGGAAAACUGAUCGCAUCUGGAGCGAUUAUCAGCGGUGUACUUGUGCUCGCAUUGCCUAUCACCAUCAUUGUCGACAACUUUAUGAAAGUAUCGGGAAAGUGA